CUUCUCCCUAGCCUCUCCCUCUGGCAUUGAGUGUCAGCGUCCCAGUGACAGCUCACACACUUACUGGACCUUCUAGGAGCGAGCAGGCUUGGGGGGAACUGACAGGGGAACGGCAACGACACACUAAUAACCGGGUGCAGAGGAAGAAAGAAAAGAGAGUCAUGUGUCCAGUAAAGUAUCUGAACCUCCAGCAGUAAAAGAGAAGUUCAGUCCCCUGAAGCAGCGGUCUCCCCCUGCCAGCCGCCCCCACCUGUCCCCGGAGGAAAUCAAAGACGCAGAUCGAGCGGCACAGAAGGAAAAACUACACGCAGAGUUAAAGAAGGUUUUGCUACUGAAAGGGCAAAUAAACUCGGCAGAACAAGAGGAACCCAAGAUGGAGACUAAUGUGAAGAUCACAGAGGAGAAGCUAAGAGCUUCAGAGAUUGUGGAGGUGAUUGUAGAAACUGAGGCACAGGCGGGAAUGUCCGGCCUAAGCAUCUCGGGAGGAGGCAAAGAUGGACUCUUUGUUUCAGAUAUCCUCAAGGACUCCCCUGCUGCUAAAAACUUGUCUUUGCUUCAAGGGGACCAGAUUCUAAGUGCCAGAGUUUACUUUGAAAACAUUAAAUAUGAAGAUGCCUUGAAGAUCCUCCAGUAUGCAGAGCAAUAUAAAGUCUCCUACUGCCUCAAAAGGACAGUGCCGUCUAGUGAUGUUACCGUGUCUCCAAGCUCCGGGAGUGUGGAAGUAAAGGGCCCAAAAGCUAAGAUGCCAAAAAUGACUGUUAAAAGCCUGACAACCGUGAAGAAGAAAAAAAAGAAGGUUCCAGAUCAAGUUUCGGAAGCUUCCAUUGAAGCUGUGAAAGGUUCCGAAUUAUCUGCUGCCAGUUUGGACAUUCCCCCAGUAGAUGUUGAAUUUUCCUUCCCAAAGUUUUCCAAAAUCCUUAAAAGCAAGGGAGGAACAGAAGCCACUACUGGGACUAAAAUGAAAGAGAUUACUACCAAAGAAACCACCACAGAACAGAAAAGAGUAAAGAUGAAGUUCCCAAGACUUAGGGUCAAAGACGUAGCAGGGGCUGCUGGGGGAUUUUCUGUGGGCAUUUCUGAGGCUAAAGAUGUUUCGGGGAAAGCUCAAGAUGAGGUUAAAGAGAAAUCAGCGGCUCAAGUUGAUAUCACCAUCCCCAAAAUAAAGAAGCCAAAAGUUGAUGUUACAGUGGCCAAGCCAGACAUUAAAAUUGCGACACCAAAGGUUGGGAUUGCAGUACCGCAGGUUGGAAUUGACGCCAAAGAAGAGAAGGCUUUUACGACUCCUCAGGUGGAACUUGAUAUACCACUAGCAAUAAAAAAAAGUGAGACAGAAACUAUUAAAGCAACUGGCCUAGGUUCCUCAAUUAAGAUUCCAGAUGUUGAAAUUAAGAUGGGGGAAUCACCAGAAGCGCCUAAAAUAAGCAUUCCAUCUAUGUCAAAAGUAGGAAUCUGUACACCACAGCUAGAAAAAGAACAUGACCUUAAAGUUCAAGUUGAUGGAAGUCCGAAGACUGAAAUCAAAUUACCUUCAGUAGAAAUAGCAGCACCUAAAUUGGAUGUUGACUUAAGUUUACCAAAAGUUGAAGGUUCUGUAGAAGUGGAAACACCAGAUUCUACAAGUGGAGGCCUACAGAUCAAACUUCCGAAAUUCAGCAUGUUCACCAAAACUACAGAAUCUGCUAUGAAAGUAACUCCUCCACAAGUCAAAAAAGAUAUUAAGGGGAAAGUUUCUGAGGAUAAGGUAAAAGGGCCUUCUGUAAAAGCCCCACAUAUCGAAAUGUCUCUUCCUAAAGGGAAAAUUGAAGGAGAUAGUCCUGAUAGUCAAAAGAGAAGCUCCCUAAAGUUUCCAUCUAUAGAUAUCUCUGCUCCCAAAGUGGACUUGAAUCUAUCUAUGGAGUCAGAAGAUCUUUCUGUCGAACAUAUUCAGGUUCCAGAUGUGAGUUUUAAGAUGCCUAAAAUAAGUACUCCCAAGGCAGGCAUGAAAGUAAAAGAUGCCUAUGCUGGUACUCCAGCAAAAACAGAUGUGAAAACUGAGAAAUUUGAAGCAGAAAGUAUUAUAGGAAUUCCGGAUGUUUCACUUAAAAUGCCUAAAAUCGGUAUUCCUAAAUUGGGCUUAAAGAAUGAUGUGCAGGAGUUAGAGGUGGAGGCUGGAAAAAGUGAAGAUGAAGAACAUAAAUUUAAAGGUCCUAAACUGAAACUACCAAGUUUUGGAGGAUUGCUGGUUAAAGAGAAGUCUGAGGUAGACGGAUCAGAUUCUACAGAAGGAGAGGGGAAAUUAAAAUUUCCUUCAAUUAAGAUGCCUUCGGUUGACAUUUCUUUACCAAAAGUACAAGACAGUGAGCCAAGUAAACUGGAGGGCCCCAUUCCCACAGCUAAGAUAGAUAAAAAAGCAUUGGAAUUAGAGGGUACAGACUUGAAGUUCAAAAUGCCCAAAGUCUCCUUACCCAAGCUUGAUGUGACAACUAAACUGGGAAAACCUGACAUGUCUCCUCCAAAAAUAAAAGGUGACAAACUGAAAGAAGAUAAAAUAGUUGCUCUUGAUGUGGAUGUUUCUGUUCCCAAGACAAAAACUUUUGAUCUUAGUUUAACCUCACUAAAACACGAUUUAGGUAUUUCAGUGGAAAAGCCUAAAGCUGCAAUGAAGCUUCCGAGAGUAGAGUUGGAUUCAAUAGCCUUUGAUGGCCAGACUGGAGAUUCCAAAGUAGGUAUUCCUUCUAUUAAAAUGCCAGUUCUUGAGAUAGAUGCUCCAAGCCUUGAUGUCAACUUAAGCUUACCAAAGGUGAAAACUGAACAACUCGAGGCAUCUGUCGAAGACAAAGACAUUAAAUUGCAGAUGCCAAAGUUAAAUCUGCCUAAGCUGAGUGACGUAGCAAAAGAUAUGGCCAUUGAACUUGAUGUACCAAAGGUAACAGGCGACAUUUGUUCACCACACUUUACUACAGAAAUAAAGACUGGGGUGCAUACAGAAGAUACAGGUGUAAAGAUGAGCUUGCCAAAAGUUGAGAUUGGACUCGGAAAAUCCACAGAGCUCAGUGUUGGUGAAAUAAAAGAAAAGGCUGAAGUGAAACUUCCUAAAAUAAAACCAGAAAAGCCAGUUAUAGAGGAUGAAGAGGCAAAAAUAAAGUUUCCAUCAGUAAAACUUCCAUCUCUUGAGAUAGCUUCACCCCAAAUCCCUGAUGUAGACAUUGCUGCAGGCAUUUCCACAGUUGAAGCUGAUGUAUCUAGUAGAGAAGAUUUAGCAGCUGUCGUUUCUGGUGAUUCCAAAUGGAAAGCACCAAAGUUUUCUUUUCGUAAACUUGGUAUUUCUGGAUCCAAAGCGAAGAAAGGUGAAGGAGAAGUAAAAACAACAGAUGGAGAAGGAGACGCUGAAAUUGCAGUUAAAGGACCAAAAAUGAGAAUGCCAAAGUUUGGAAUUGUUUUUCCCAAAUCAAAGCAGGAUGUUGAAGGGGAAGAAGAUACAAAAGCUAGAAAAAAGAAGGUGGAUGCUUCUGCUGGUCAGGUAGAUUUAUCUUCUGAUGGAAAAGCAAAACAUCCAUCAGUUAAACUUCCAUCAGUUGAUAUCUCAGCUCCAAAGUUAGAGGUUGAUAUUGCACUUCCCAAAGGAGAUGCUUCUCCAGUUAUGGACAAAUCACCUGAGAUUAAUAUUGACGUUCCAGAUGUAAAGUUAAACCUUCCUAAAUUUUCCAUGCCAAAAUUUGGAAAAAGCAAAGCCAGUGAUGAAGAUGCAGACAUAGAGAAAGCUAAAGUUCGAGGUAAACUUCCCCCAUCUAAAGCAGCUAAAGCUGUUGAGGUUUCUGCUGAACUUGAUGUAAAGAGCACUGAAACCAAGGGGAGAGGCAGAGAGCUAAAAAUGAAAAUGCCUGCUAUCAAGAUGCCUUCAUUUGGAAUAUCAAGGAAAGAUACAGAUGUUUCUGAGACAAAACUUGAAGUAAGUUCACCAGAACAUAAAUCUAAGAAAGGUAAGACUGUAGCACAGGAAGCAAAAGUAUCUCUAGAGGCUGACGUUGGCAAUGGAGCAACCUCUUUUAUGAAAAUGCCCUCAUUUAAAAUGUCAUCUCCAAAAGUCAAGGCACCAGAAGUGGAUCUGGCUAUAAAAGGUUCAAAAGAGGAUCUUCAUAUGCCUGAUGUCCAUGUUAAACUCCCUGAGGUUGAGUUACCAUCUUUUGGACUAAAGAGUGAUCGAACAGCUGAAGUGUCGCUUUCAAAAGCAGAAGCCAAAAAAUCAGUGGGACCAAAAGAUUCUGACCUUCACCUUAGUGAUACAAUAAAAAUCCCUUUUCUUGAAAUAUCUGCACCUUCAGCUGCACCUGAUUUACAGAUUUCAGUCCCAUGUGUUAAACCAGACAUCUGUACAUCCAUCCCAAAGGUAGAGGUAGAUGUUUCUGAUGUAGACAUUAAAAGAUAUGAAGGAGACUUGAAAAUACCAAAGCUUCCAUCCAUUGGCAUUCCAGUUACAGAUGUCGAACUAGAUAUCGGUUUGCCUAAAGUAGGUUUAAGGCAUGAGGCUCAUAUUAGCAUGGAAAAAUCAUCUGCCAAAAUAAAGAUGCCAAAAGUUGAACUGCCUAAUCUUGAGGAAUUGGAAGCCAAGGUAGACAUUGGUGGCAUUAAAGCUAAAGACGUUGAAUCUGAAGGAAAAAUUAAAGGGUCUAAGAUAAAAAUGCCACAUUUAGAUAUUUCGCUUCCAAAAGUAAAAUCAGAUGAAGAAGAUAUACCAUUUAUUGAAGGUGAAUCUAAAGUACAAGGUUUAAGGGCUGACGUAAGUACCACUGAAGGAACUUUCAGUUUGCCAUCUGUAGAGCUCCCCAAAAUGUCCACUCCCAAAAUAAGAGCUCCAGAACUGGAACUAGAUAUUAGCCUGAACAAGGAUGACUUGAGAGUGAGUGAUUUGUCUAGGUCACUCAAGACAGAAUCAAGUGGUUCUGAAAGUGAACAACAUGAAUUAAAGCUCAAGAUGCCAAAAAUAAAGAUGCCUAAAUUUGGUGGCUCCAUGGCAGGAGUAGAGGAAGGAACUGUUAAAGCAGAUGUUAAGGCUUCCAAAACAGAAGACAGUUCUGAAUCAGGAAUCAUGGGCUUUAAAAUAAAGAUGCCCAAGCUCCAAGUAGGAUCUCUCAAAGGGAAAGGAGGGAAGGACAGAGAGUUAGAAAGUGACCAUAAAGUGGCGUUGAAAGGUGAUGUGAAGGUCUCAGAUCACGAAGAUUCUGACAAUGGCCGCACUUUCAAGAUCAAAAUGCCAUCAAUUGGGAUAUCAAAAGGGACUACAGAAGCUAGCACCGAACCUUUGCAUCCUUCUGAAGAGAGUGCAGAGUUAAAGUUUAAAAUGCCAAAAGUUACUAUACCUGAUGUUGGGUUUUCAGGAGGUGAAGGCAAAACAGUAGAGGCUUCCUUGGAAAGUAGUCAUACUGAUGCAGUAAGCAAGGUAAAAAGUAUCACAUCAUCAAAUCUGGAAGAGCUAGAAUUAGAUGUAGGGCUGAAAAUGCCAAAAAUUAAGAUGCCAACAAUUGGUCUAACAGGUCGAAAGGGAGAUGAUGACAUGGAAAUAUAUCUUGAGGAAGAAUCUGAGGGAAAGAAGCCAUUGUUCAAGAUGCCAGAUGUGGAACUGUCAACUCCAAAGAUUAAAGCACAUGGUGAAUAUGAAGUAGAUGGAGCAAAACUGGAUCACAGGCUAUCAAAGGACUUAGAAGGAGCUGAUGCUGCAAAGAAGAGCAGUAAACUCAAGGCCGAAUACAAACAGGACACAGAUGAAGAAGAUGCUGAAAUGAAAUACAAAGUAAAACUGCCAAAAUUUGCAGUCAGUUUACCAAAAGUUGCCCCUGGAGAUGUAGAACUUUCUCCCCCCAAAUUAAAGUCAGAGACAAAAGAAAGUGAGAUCACUGUGAAAGGCGUACGUUCUGAACACGAGUCAGCUCAGCAUGAAGGGAGGAGGAUGAAGAAGAAUAUUUUUUCUUUGAGCAAAACCAAGGACAAGAGUGCAGGUCUCAUAUCUGAUGCAGAUUCCAGUCUAGAAUAUGAGGGUCCAGAUGUAAAAAUUAAGUUACCAAAAAUAAAAAUGAAACCUUCUUUUGGUCGAUCAAAGGGCAAAGGUAAAGGCUCUGAAGUGAAUGGAGAAGAAGAAACUGAUGCAGACUCAAGUGAUGUCACAGCUAAGUCUUCAAAGAUCAAGUUCCCCAGAUUAGGGUUUUCCUCAUCCAAGGGGAUUUCUGGGGAAGUAAAUAUAAAUGGAACCUCUGGCCAUGUGAAUGGAGAGACUGAGGUAUCUACUCAGAAUGGAUCUCAAGAUGGUGUUGUAAAAGUUGGAAAACUUAAGUUUCCUAAGGUUGAAUUUUCAUCACCAUACAAGGGAAAAGAAAUAGACUCUGAAAUGAAUCUAAGAUUGGUCAAGACAGAAGAUCCUGAAUCCAAAGAUGAAGGCACAGAGAGCUCUUUGUCCUCUAAAUUUAAGUCUCCUAAAAUCGCUUUCUCUGGUUUCAAGAAAAAGGAUAAGGGUGAAGAUCACAUAAUAACCUCAUCUGCAAGAACCGAGAUGGCAACAAUGGAGGGUGACUCAAAGUCAGGGAUGGGUCGGCUAUCUCUCGGAUUUCUCUCAAAUAGAUCGAAGGGGGAAUACACAGUGGACAAUAGUGGAAUACAGAAAGACAAUGAAGGGGACACUAGUAAAGACAAGUCAACAAAGUAUAAGAUUCCGAAGUUAUCACUGAACUCAAAAAUAGGAUCAGAAGGGGAAUCAAGUAAAGAGAUAAAAAAAGAAGGCUCUCAAGAAAGUUUCAACAUAAGUCUGCCGCAGGUGAGCUUUACUACAUAUCAAGAAGAUGAAAUCACAAAAGAGGAAGAAACAAGCCUGGGAUUCAUAAAAGUUACAACUACAAAACAAAUCAAAACAGAGACUGUAACAGAGAAGACUCUGGCCAUAUAAUACAUGUGUUAGUCAAGGACUUUAUUUGCCAUCUACCCUAAAACCUUGCAGGCUGCAUGUUCCAAAGUAAUCUCUAUACUCUAAUCUCUCCUGCACCUCAGUGACUACAGUGGUGGUCCUCCAAUACUGUCUCAAUGGAAGUUACCAUACGUGUCUGUUUUAAUCCUUUUAAAUUGAUGUGUUUAUUAUUUAACACAUGACAUACCAGGGUUCUUAGAAGAAACGUAGAAAUGUAGAUGACAUAUGGCGUUUGCUUCAUGCCAUAUAUUGUGGACUCUUGAAUAAAUACCGUUGUGAGUAGAGUUGUAGUUGACAUCCAGGGGAUCUACCAUUGUACACUUUCCCCCAAAAAUUAGAACAAGACUGGUCACUUAAUGUUUGGUUUUGAUGAUGGAAACAUUUAAAGACUAUUCAAAGGUUCAGUAACGUCAGUAACGGCUACUUCAAUGUCUUAUCCAUAAGAGGUGAUUCAACUAUCAUACUGUGUAUUAUACAUGUGUAGCCAGAGUACAGUACAACAGUUAGUGUCCCCCCAUUUCUUAGGGUUCCCACUGAUUAGUUGAGGAACCUUUUUUGUAUACCUAGUCAGUUUUGUCUAGUCACUGCUACAGCCCCCAAAACUUUUUUUAAAUGUAUUUAAUAUUCACAUUUCUAUAUGUAACACGAGGGAGAAACUUAUUUUAUAGAUUUCAAUAUGGAUAAAAACACUGUGUGUGGACAGCUCUCUCCCUCGUGUUUCCAGCACCAACGCACGGGCUAGCCAGCAGCGUCCUUGGACCGGAUCAACGGUAUAACAAAGGAAUGUCCAUUGCCAAGUGCAGUAAAACGACAGGUACUUUAUUGUAGGA